AUAGAAGUUGUGAGUCUUGUCAUCUCUAAGUCCCUUGUCUGAAGCUAAUCUAAGAUAUCUUUCUGUCGUCUUGUUCUAUAUGUUGUAUCCUUAUAAGGCACUGCCUUUUCUCUACAGUCACCCACAGAAAGCAUUAGAAGAACCCAUCCUAUACCUUUUGGUCUGCAAUACAAUGGGGGGUUUGCCUUAUAAAGGCUGGAGCCUUAUGCAUGAGUUCUUGAAUUCAUCCAGGAUAAAACUGCGAUCUCAUCAUGUUCAAAUGUACUCAAUUUUUUGAGUGAUGGGUAUACUCUAUACAUCUCAUGUUAAUGCAUGAGAUCAAAACAGGGCUAGAACUUGUGAAUGAAUGGGGAAAGGUUAGAUAAUGUCUGGGAAAGAACAAAAGGAAGUGAUUUUACAGUCACUAGUGCUUCCUGGUUCCACCUUAUGGGUUCUUUAAGCACGUGCACAGGAAAGCACUGGAAACCAGAAACUAGGAAGUGUCUAGCACUGUCACCUCCCUGAGUUGUGAAAACAGCAACAUGCUUGUGUGAUGCUUCACCAGUUCUACACAGAAUAAAAAGGCUCCUGCUCUGGAUUCCUCAUCCACAGCCUGCUCAGAAGUUCUCCUAUCACCUUUGCAUCUGGUCAAGUUCCUGCCAAGAUGUCCUGCCAGCAGAGCCAGAAGCAGUGCCAGCCUCCUCCCAAGUGCCCCUCCCCGAAGUGCUCCCCAAAGUGCCCCCCAAAGAGCACAGCACAGUGUCUGCCUGCAGCCUCUUCCUGCUGUGCUACAAGCUCUGGGGGCUGCAGUGUCCCCAGCUCUGAGGGAGGCUGCUGCCUGAGCCACCACAGGCGCAGGUCCCACAGAUGCAGGCGCAGGAGCUCCAGUUCCUGUGACCGUGGCAGUGGUCAGCAGUCUGGGGGCUGCUGCUGACUUGUAUCACGAGGUUGAGACAAGAGAGUUUUGAAUACUGAGCCACCUUGGCUUGUGCUCUCUCAGACAUCCUUAUCUCUCUUGAGCUAUGUGUUCUUAGACUCUUCUAAUGGAUUUCCCGAAAGCCUGGUUGCCUCUCCUUCUCAUGGUUCCAUCACCUGUGUCUGGGCAUGUCAGUGAAUAAAGUUCUUUCUCAGCAUUA